AUGAGUUACUUCGAUAAAGUUAAAGAGCAGAAAGGACAGUUGUUUAACAACGUUACAAUCACAGAAAAGGGUGUCAACACAACUGAGUUCCUCGACGCAGCAGCAGUUGUAGUCCAACUAUUUGAUAUACUCGGCAACAAAGCAUUCUCAGUCGUACAAAAUGACCUUUUGGGUAACAUUAAAAAAGUGCGUGACAGACACGACGCAGAGCCAUUGCGCAGCGGCACACUUGAAGAGCUAGUCGCCGCUGAGAAUCUCGACAAGAAAACAACAGCCACUCAGGGUCUCGUAUGGUUAUUGAGAGGUCUCGAAUUCACAUACAAGGCACUCCUCCGUUCACUCAGGAACCCAACCGAGGAACUUUCGGAAUCCUUCUCCAAAGCCUACGAAGAUAGUCUCAAGAAAUUCCACAGCUUCGUCGUCAAGCCAAUCUUCAACCUUGCGAUGAAAGCCUGUCCAUAUAGAAAGGAUUUCUAUGAAAAACUGGGUGGUGAUCCAACAACAGUUGAGAUCGAACUUGGUGAUUGGUUGUCUGCGCUCGAAAAGCAGGUCUUGCAAGUGCAAGAUUUCAUGAAACAACAUAAUUACGACAAGGGAUUAUAAGUGUCUAGUUAUACCAUGCAUUUCCUAAAUACUUAGAGACUUACUUAUAUCGACGGUCAUAACAGUGUCGAAUUUGGACUAUUGAUUGAUACCAACGCCUGAAUGAGCUUGCAGUAUAUCUAUGGUUUACUCGUACAUUCGUUAACCUGGAGUGGCCUUCAUAGGAAUCACCUUGGAUUUUUCAUGACCAUUGAUGAACUUAUAAAUGAUAUAAGCUCGUAAUAGCUCUGCUUAGCGCUAAACUUGUCAGAUGUGGUUCUUCUUUUCGUCGGCUUUUACCAUACCCAGUAGAGUGUCAAUGGCGCCCUGAGAACAUUGUUGAACUGCUGCUUGGUGGAUUCGCC